AUGAACAACUGUCAAGCACCUUGUCACCAAGGGAACAGUGUCUGGCCUGGGCAGGGCAUGCAGCAAACUGGCACCACUGCCUGGCCUGCCCAGCCAUGCCAACCGUGCUGGCCUUAUCAACCCAACUGGCCAGGUACCCAGACUGGUACACCAAACCCACCAAACUGGCCUGGAAACCCAUCAGCCCAAACCAGCCAACAAGGCUGGCCUGCACCCCAACCUCAACAAGUUCUGCCCAAUCCACCAGUUCAGCCACCCCAACCAGCACAGCCACAACCAGUUCCACCCCCUCAACCAGUACAGCCACAACCAGUUCCACCCACUCAACCAGCUCAACCCACCUGGCCUGCCCCACAACCCGCACCAGGCUGCAUGCCUGGAUGGCCUGGUAACCCAGGACAACCAGGAUGGCCUGGUCAGUGCCCCUCUAACACUCAGCAGCCAUGGCCAAUAUCACCCACAGGCCCUGUGACGGUGCCUUUCAAUAUGAACUUCCCCCGCGGGAUCUAUGACAAGCUUAUGCUCACUAUAAGGGGGCAGGUCAAGCCCGAUGCAAAAAUGUUCACUGUAAAUUUUCUACGUGGUAAUGACAUUGCCCUUCACAUAAAUCCACGUUUCAAUGAAGGAGGGAAACAGGUUGUCGUACGCAACCACAAACUCGGAGAACGGUGGGGGAAAGAGGAACGCAACAUUCAAAGCCCAUUCCCUUUCAUUCCGGGACAACACUUUGAAAUGAGGAUCCUCUGCACCUUCACCGAGUUCAAGGUGACAGUUAACAACACUGCCCUGUUUGAGUUCAAGCAUCGUAUCAAAGAAGUUAACCAAAUUGACCGCAUCAACAUCCUCCAUGAUGUCACUCUAACAUCUGUCAACGUGGAAACCUUGCCUUGA